AUGUCUCCUACUCCCGUUCCUCCGCCUCCUCAUCUCCCCUCUUCAUCCGCCUCCUUUCACCCACUACACACGCUUUUCUUCUGCGAGGAAUGCGACGCCGUCCGAUGCAAUAGCUGCGUUUCAAUCGAAGUCAGCGGCUACUACUGUCCAAACUGUCUAUUCGAAGUCCCCAGCGCAAGUGUACGCGCAGAACGAAACCGAUGCGCACGAAACUGCUUUCAAUGUCCACUCUGUCGGAACACUCUGUCUACUGUGCCUUCGGACCCAGUUAGCGGAAUACUUCCUUCAGGUGCUACUCCAGGAGAACCGCCGUUUCUCCUGUACUGCAAUAAUUGUCGAUGGGACUCUGCUGAAGUCGGGAUAACGUUCGAGAAACCUACUGGACUUGCACAACAGCUUCAGCGUUCAGAAGAUUCAGCACCAGAGUUCCUUGAAUUCGAACGUCUCAAAGAUUUCUUCGAUCCACUUGUACGGUCUUCACUUAGUGCCUCUCAACAAGGACACGCACCUAUAACGCACAGCGCACAUCACAACGCGAUUCACGCAGCUGCUUCAAAUGCACUUGCUCGGGAUAUACCUGGUGUUGGGAAAUAUCACGCUCCGACGCGUACACGGGCGAGUAAAUUUAGGCAGGGGAGUAAGGAUGAUAUGCCGGUGUAUCGUGCGCGUGUUGAGGCGAGCGGUGCUAGUGGGCUUGGUGCGGGAGGAGAUGGUGAUGUUAGUUUGAUGCGUCACUUGGAGAGUCCUUCAGAAAUUGCGAGGCUUGAACAACGCUGGUUGACGAGCUGGGCUGAGUCUCUGCGCUCAAAGGACCUGAAACCUAUCCGAAUACCUUUACAUUCCCGAUUAACAAAACGCUGCGCUGCAUGCCGACAUAUUCUCAUUAAACCCGAACAAAAAGCUCAAUCCGUCCGAUUCAAAAUGAAACUGGUUGCUGCUAAUUAUCUUCCUGCCAUCCAAGUCGCUCUUCCGAAUCAGCCGAACUUACAAGCUCGGCGAUUAGGGUCCACUUCUUCGUCUACUCAAAAGGAUAAAGAUAAAGAUGACGAUGGAGGGAUACAGUUACUCGCUGGGAAGACGUAUCCUUUUAAGCUUGCGCUUACGAACCCUUUAUAUGACUUGAUACAAGUACGCCUUGCUGUCCAACGACAGCAACUUCAAACCACCUCAACUACUACUGAAGAAGUCAGUGGGCCACCAGCCCCAAGGAGACCGCAUUUUGCAGUAUCCCUUCCGACAAACUCAUUUGCAAUCGCACCGUAUGCAGAAGCCUGGGAGUAUGAAGACGAUGAAGAGAUGUUUGAAAUGGACGAUGAUGGGAUGCCUGCAAGUCCGACGAAGGGACGCGGGAAGGUGAAGACGGUUGGUGUGUUGGAGAAGAAGGCGAAUACGACUGUCGUAGGAGGGGAAGUGGUUAUUAGUCGAGAGGGACGUGGUGAAGUCAAGUUCAAUAUGUUGGUGUCGUAUACGUAUCGGUCGGAUGAGCCGCAGGAUGAGGAAGGGGAUACGAAGUCGCGGAGUACGUCGACGAAAACGGCACCGGAGAUGAAGACUUUCUCAUUUUAUACUGUUGUUCACCUUGGGACGAUCGUGCCUAGAGAGGAUGUUGCCCAAGUCAUAGAUACUACAUGA